UCGCCAUCUCUCUCUCUCUCUCUCUCCGCCAUCUCUCUUCUCUCUUCCUCUUCCUCCUCCUCCUGCUGCUGCCGCCGCCGCCGCCGCCGCCGUGUGUGUACAGUCAAAGCUUCGGAUGUGCGCACGCAUCCGCCUUCCCUCUCCUCUCUCAGCUAGCUGCGAGUAGAGAGACUCGUCGAGGCGAGAUGGCCUCCCUGAGAUCGAGCUUGCCCUCGAGGCUCCGGCAGCUCCUGUCCGGCGAGACCGCCAUCGGCCCCUCCGUCAGGACCGAUUCCGACACCCCUCCCAAGGUCAAAUCAUUCAUUGACAAAGUCAUCCAAAGUCCACUUCAAGAUAUAGCAAUUCCCCUUUCUGGUUUUAAUUGGGAGUAUGAUAAGGGAAAUUUCCAUCAUUGGAGGCCGCUGUUUCUCCAUUUUGACACAUAUUUCAAGACUUAUCUGUCAUGUAGGAAUGACCUCCUUUUGUCGGAUAAGAUUGGAGAAGAUGAAAGUCCUUUUCCAAAACUUGCAGUUUUACAGAUUUUGCGAGUGAUGCAAAUAAUACUAGAGAACUGUCACAACAAAAAUUCGUUUGAGGGAUUAGAGCACUUCAAGCUCCUACUCUCAUCAACUGAUCCUGAAAUCCUGAUAGCCACAUUAGAGACUUUAUCUGCACUUGUAAAAAUAAAUCCAUCUAAGCUCCAUGGCAGUGGAAAGUCAGUUGGAUGUGGCUCGGUAAAUGGCUUUCUCCUAUCUCUGGCACAGGGGUGGGGCAGCAAAGAAGAGGGCUUGGGUUUAUAUUCGUGUGUUGUAGCAAAUGAGAGAUUGCAAGAGGAAGGACUCUGUUUAUUUCCAUCAGAAGCGGAUAACGAAUAUGACAAGUCUCAAUAUCGGCUGGGCUCCACCCUCUAUUUUGAGCUAAAUGGUGUCUAUUCCCAAAGUGAGGGAACUAGCAGUCACACACCCGAUUCUAGUUCCAGAGUUGUACAUAUUCCAGAUCUACAUUUGAGAAAGGAGGAUGAUCUUGUCCUUAUGAAACAAUGCCUUCAGCAGUACGAUGUACCUCCCGAUCUCCGAUUUGCAUUGCUUACUAGAAUCAGAUAUGCUCAUGCCUUUCGCUCUGCCAGAACGUGCAGGCUAUAUAGUAGAAUUUGCCUUCUAGCUUUCAUUGUGUUAGUUCAAUCUAAUGAUGCACAUGACGAGCUUGCGUCAUUCUUUGCUAAUGAGCCAGAGUAUACAAACGAGCUUAUUAGGAUUGUGCGUUCUGAAGAAUCUAUUCCUGGAACCAUUAGAACGCUUGCAAUGCUUGCUUUGGGAGCUCAGUUAGCUGCAUACAUAUCAUCUCAUGAACGUGCACGGAUUUUGAGCGGAUCAAGUCUUAGUUUUACAGCAACCCACCGUACAAUUCUCCUUAAUGUGCUCCAGAAGGCUGUCUUAUCUCUAAAUAGCUCCAGUGAUCCAUCAUCUCUUGCCUUUGUUGAAGCACUUCUUCAGUUUUAUAUGCUCAACAUAGUUUCAUCCUCAACUCAAGGUAACAAUAUCAGAGGUUGGGGGAUGCUUCCAACAUUCUUACCACUUUUGGAAGAUUCAUAUCCUAGCCAUAUGCAUCUUGUCUGCUUAGCUGUGAAGACAAUUCAAAAGCUCAUGGACUAUAGUAGUUCAGCGGUAUCUCAUUUCAGGGAACUCGGGGGAGUUGAGCUAUUGGUGCAGAGAUUACAACUGGAAGUUACUAGAGUAAUUGGCUUAACGGGAGGAAAUGAUGAGUCCGCGGUCGUUGGUGAAUGCUCAAGAAACAGCGAUGACCUGUUGAACACACAGAAAAGGCUCAUCAAGGUUUUAUUGAAGGCCCUUGGAUCUGCUACAUACUCACCUACAAACCCCAGUAGAUCCCAGAACACGCAGGACACUUCUCUUGCUGCCACACUUUCGCAUAUAUUCGGAAAGGUAGAAAAGUUUGGUGGUGACAUUUAUCACUCAGCUGUGACGCUAAUGAGUGAGAUUAUCCACAAAGAUCCUACUUGCUUGUCCACUUUAUUUGAGAUGGGUCUUCCGGAUUCAUUUAUAUCUUCAGUUGUUGCUGGAGUUAUACCAUCUGCUAAGGCUCUCACAUGUAUUCCUAAUGGUCUUGGCGCAAUCUGUCUUAAUACCAAAGGUGUUGAUGCAGUGAAAGAAACUUCCGCACUACGGUUCCUGGUUGACAUAUUUACCAGUAAGAAAUAUGUUGUUGCUAUGAAUGAAGCCAUCGUUCCUUUGGCAAAUGCUGUGGAAGAGCUUUUGCGCCAUGUAUCAUCAUUGAGAAGUGAUGGUGUUGACAUAAUCAUUGAAAUUGUUGAUAAAAUUUCCUCUUCGAGGGAGAGCUCUUGCUCAGGACCUUCAGGAAAACUAAGUGGGACUGCUGCAAUGGAUAUGGAUGCUGAGUACAAGGAAAAUGAUGGUGCUUGCUGUCUGGUUGGUUCGGUCGAUUUGGCUGCUGAAGGCAUCAGUGAUGAGCAGUUCAUCCAAUUAUGUGUCUUUCACUUGAUGGUCUUGGUUCAUAGAACAAUGGAAAAUUCUGAAACGUGCCGGUUAUUUGUGGAGAAGUCUGGCAUAGAUGCAUUGUUAAAGCUUUUGUUACAGCCUAGCAUUGCCCAGUCAUCUGAGGGGAUGUCCAUUGCCUUGCAUAGCACCAUGGUUUUCAAGGGUUUUACUCAACAUCAUUCCGCGCCACUUGCUCGAGCCUUCUGUUCUGCUCUGAGGGAACAUCUGAAGAAAGCUUUGGCUGGUUUUUCAGCCGUUUCUGGAUCAUUUUUGCUUGAUCCCAGGAUGAGCCUAGAUGAGGGUGUAUUUUCAUCGCUUUCCCUUGUUGAGUUCCUUUUAUUUCUUGCUGCCUCUAAAGACAACCGCUGGGUUACUGCAUUGCUGACAGAAUUUGCCAACGGUAGCAAAGAUGUUCUGGAAGACAUUGGACGUGUACACCGUGAAGUUAUGUGGCAGAUUUCUCUGCUUGAAGAUGCCAAACUGGAAAUGGAGGAAACUGCGGGAACUUCCACUGAGUUGCAUCAAUCAGAAAUCAAUUCAAAUGAAACUGAAGAGCAGCGGUUUAAUUCCUUUAGGCAGUUCCUUGAUCCGUUGUUCAGGCGGAGGUCUUCAGGAUGGAGCAUGGAAUCUCAGUUUUUUGACCUCAUAAACUUGUAUCGUGAUCUCGGUCGUGCUACUAGCUUUCAUCAAAGAAUCAGCACUGAUGGACCUACAAGCCUCCGUACUGGAUCUACCAAUCAGACACAUCAUUCUGAUUCUUUAGAUUCUGCCGGUAAAAAGGAGCUUGACAAACAAAGGUCCUACUAUGCUUCUUGCUGUGACAUGGUGAGGUCACUCUCCUUUCACAUAACUCAUCUGUUUCAAGAGUUGGGGAAAGUGAUGUUACUUCCUUCUCGGCGACGGGAGGAUACGGUGAAUGUAACCCCAUCUUCGAAGGUAGUGGCAUCAACCUUUGCGUCAAUUUCAUUGGAUCAUAUAAACUUUGGGAGUCGUGUAAAUCCCUCUGGAUCAGAGUCUUCUGUAUCAAGUGUAUCGACCAAAUGCCGCUACUUUGGUAAGGUCAUUGAUUUCAUCGAUGGGAUUCUGAUGGACAGGCAAGACUCUUGUAAUCCAGUCCUACUAAACUGCUUGUAUGGACAUGGGGUGAUUCAAUCGGUCUUGACCACAUUUGAGGCUACCAGCCAAUUGCUCUUUGCUGUUAAUAAGGCUCCUGCUUCUCCCAUGGAGACUGAUGAUGGAAAUGUGAAACAGGAAAAGGAAGAUACAGAGAACUUAUGGAUCUAUGGUCCUCUAGCUAGCAAUGGUAAACUUAUGGACCACCUGGUGACCUCAUCGUCUAUAUUGUCUCCUUUUACCAAGCACUUGCUCACUCAACCUUUGGCAAGUGGCGAUGUUCCUUUUCCACGGGACGCUGAGACUUUUGUAAAGGUGCUUCAUUCUAUGGUUCUGAAGGCUGUUCUUCCUGUAUGGACUCACCCUCAGUUUACUGAUUGCAGUAAUGAUUUUUUGGCAACUGUCAUUUCUAUCAUUAGACACAUUUUUUCGGGAGUUGAAGUGAAAAAUGUAAAUAGCAGUGCCAAUUCUCGUAUUAGUGGUCCACCACCUAGUGAAAGCACUAUCACAACCAUUGUGGAGAUGGGAUUUUCUCGGUCAAGGGCGGAAGAAGCUUUAAGGCAAGUGGGAUCAAAUAGUGUGGAGCUGGCAAUGGAGUGGUUAUUUUCUCAUCCAGAGGAAGCACAGGAAGAUGAUGAACUUGCUCGCGCACUUGCCAUGUCCCUGGGAAACUCUGAAUCAGACACAAAGGAAGAUGCAUCGAGCGAUAGUGCGCGGCAGCUUGAAGCAGAGACGGUUCAUCUUCCUGCUGUGGAGGAGUUGCUAUCAACUUGUGUGAAGCUUCUUCAGAUGAAAGAAUCACUUGCUUUUCCAGUUCAUGACUUGCUUAUGACGAUUUCUUCCCAGAAUGAGGGGCAAUACAGGUCCAGCAUCGUCUCUUUUGUCAUUGACCAGCUGAAGAAUUGUGGUUCAGUCUCUGACAGCGGACAUAAUACCCUCCUUUCCUCACUUUUCCAUGUUCUUGCUUUAAUUCUUCAUGAGGAUGUUGCAGCCCGGGAAAUUGCUUUAACAAAUGGGUUGGUAGAGCUUGCAUCAAAUCUACUUGACACCUGGUGUUCUGUUCCAGAAGACAAGGAGAAACGUCAGGUUCCUAAGUGGGUAACAGCAGCUUUUCUCGCUGUUGAUAGGCUGUUGCAGGUGGAUAAUAAGUUAAGUACGGAAAUUUUGGAUCAGUUAAAGAAGGAUGAUGUGAGCUUCCAGCAGGCUUCUAUCUCUAUCGAUGAGGAUAAGAAAAGCAAAUUGUCGCCUGCACUGGGAUUAGCAGCUAAGCAUGUAGAUAUCCAUGACCAGAAGAGACUGAUUGAAAUUGCUUGCAGUUACAUUAGAAAUCAGCUACCAUCUGAGACUACGCACGCUGUUCUGCAGCUAUGUGCUACUCUUACCAGAACCCAUUCAGUUGCAGUGAGCUUUAUGGAUGCUGGGGGUUUGAAUUUGCUCUUUUCUUUGCCUACACAUAGCCUCUUCCCGGGCUUUGACAAUGUUGCUGCCACAAUCAUCUGUCAUGUGCUCGAAGAUCCUCAAACGCUGCAGCAAGCAAUGGAAUCUGAGAUAAGACACAGCCUAAUGGCCGCUGCUAAUAGGCAUUCCAAUGGAAGGGUCACUGCCCGCAACUUCCUGCUAAAUUUGACUUCUGUCAUUUCACGGGAUCCAGUUGUUUUCAUGCAGGCAGUUCAAGCUGUGUGCCAAGUUGAGAUGGUAGGUGAAAGGCCAUACGUUGUCUUGCUGAAGGAUCGUGACAAAGACAAGAGCAAAGAAAAAGAAAGGGAGAAGGAGAAAGAGAAGCCACAUGCUAAUGAUGGGAAGCUAUCCUUGGGUAAUGUGAGUUCAGUGACUCAGGGUAAUGGAGCGGGCAAACUUCCUGAUUCAAACUCUAAGAGUGCAAAGGCUCAUCGCAGAUAUCCUCAGAGCUUCGUAAGCGUGAUUGAACUUCUAUUGAAGUUGAUUUGUACUUUUGAACCUCCCUUGCAAGAUGAAGGGACCCAGAGUGCCCCAUCAUCAAGUGACAUGAAUAUUGACGUUGCGGCUGUCAAGGGUAAAGGAAAAGCCGUCGUCAAUGCAGUGGACGAGUCUGAAGGUUCUAAUGUCGAAGCAUCAGUGUCAAUUGCUAAAGUUGUAUUCGUUUUGAAGCUUAUGACUGAGAUUCUUUUGAUGUAUCCUACUUCUGUUCAAGUUCUGCUUCGAAAAGAUGCUGAUCUAAGCAGCUGCGGGGGUCCUCAUCAGAAAGUUUGUGGUGGAGGAAUAUAUAAUCACGUUCUCCGCAAGUUUCUUCCAUGUGCUAAAACCUCCAAGAAAGAUAAGAAGAUUGAUGGAGAUUGGAGGCAUAAACUGUCAUCCAGGGCCAACCAGUUUUUGGUGGCGUCUUGUGUUCGCUCUGCGGAGGCAAGAAGGAGGGUCUUUACAGAGAUCACCUAUAUUUUCAAUGAUUUUGUCGAUACAUCUAAAGAUUGUAGAUCAACAGGCAGUGAGAUGCAGGUUUUUGUCGAUCUUCUUAAUGAUGUCCUGGCUGCGCGUUCACCUACUGGCUCUUAUAUUUCAGCGGAAGCCUCUGUUACUUUUGUUGAUGUUGGUCUUGUCAAAUCACUGACACGAUUUCUCAAGGUUUUGGACCUAGAUCACACUGACUCCCCUAAAGUUGUCACGGGGCUUGUAAAAGCUCUUGAGCUUGUAAGCAAGGAGCAUGUUCAUUCUGUUGAUCCUACCACAGGGAAGGAUGAAAGUUCACCCAAAGCUUCUGAUGCCAAUCAGUCUGGUCAAGCAGAUAACAAUGGUGUGGCAUCCGAGUCCAUGGAAGCAGCAUUUCAAUCAAAUCACGAGUCUCUGGCUGCGGAGAAUGCUGAUCAUAGCAAUACUCUCCAGACUUUUGGGGGUUCUGAGGCUGUGACAGAUGAUAUGGAGCAUGAUCAGGAUCUUGAUGAAGGUUCUGCUCCCGGUAGUGAGGAUGACUACAUGCAUGAAUCUUCUGAAGAAGCUAGGGGUCUUGAAAAUGGCAUCGAUACCGUUGGCAUAAGAUUUGAAAUCCAGCCUCAUGUGCAAGAAAAUAUUGACGAAGAUGAUGACGACGAUGACGAUGAGGAGAUGUCGGGUGAUGAUGGGGAUGAAGUUGAUGAAGAUGAUGAUGAGGAUGACGAGGAUCAUAAUGAUCUGGAGGAAGAUGAAGUGCAUCAUCUUCCACAUCCUGAUACAGAUCAAGAUGAACAUGAUAUGGAUGAUGAUGAUGAUUUUGAUGAGGAGGUCCCGGAGGAAGAUGAUGAAGAUGACGAGGAUGAUGAAGACGGUGUUAUACUUAGGCUUGAAGAAGGGAUUAAUGGAAUUAACGUAUUUGAUCAUAUUGAGGUUCUUGGAAGAAAUCAUACUUUUCCCAAUGAAACUCUGCACUUGAUGCCAGUGGAAGUUUUUGGUUCGAGACGUCAUGGGCGUACCACAUCUAUUUAUAAUCUUUUGGGUAGGAGUGGUAGCACUGCAGCUCCCUCCAGGCAUCCUCUUUUAACUAGACCAACCUCCUCAGUUCACUUAUCAUCUCAGAGACAUUCAGAAAGUGUGGCCGAUAUAGUUUUCUCUGAUAGGAACAUUGAGGGUGCCUCGACGCGGCUGGAUUCUGUUUUCCGGUCACUGAGAAGUGGACGUCAUGGACACCGUUUGAACCUCUGGGUAGAUGAGAACCAGCAAACAAGUGGGUCAGGUGCAGCUAUGAUUCCACAAGGUCUAGAAGAGUUGCUUGUUUCCCAGUUGAGAAGGCCAACGGCUGAAAAUCCCUCUGAACAGAACACGGCUGCGGAGCUUCAACAUGGAGGUGAAGUUACUCGGCAGCAGGAAUCUGAAGGUGUCAGGCCAGAGGUUGCUGUCGAAGGCAAUGCUAAUGAUGAACAUGGGGAUGUACCCCCAACCGAAAUGACUGAAGGCUCUGAAAAUGCUGAUAUGGGAAAUGCGCGUGGUGAAUCGAUGCAAGAACCUGAUGCUUCUGCUACUCGGGCUCAGCCUGUUGAGAUGCAGUUUGAACACAGUGAUGCCAUUGUUCGGGAUGUUGAAGCAGUAAGCCAGGAAAGUGGUGGAAGUGGUGCAACUCUUGGGGAAAGUCUGCGAAGCUUGGAUGUUGAAAUUGGAAGUGCAGAUGGCCAGGACGAUGGUGGUGAGAGGCAAGGUGGUGCUGAUAGGAUUGCUUUGGGUGAUCCACAGACUGCUCGCUCUAGAAGAACCAAUGUGUCUAUUGGAAAUUCUGCAACUGCAUCAACUAGAGAGACAUCACUUGAUCGUGUGACAGAAGUUCCAGAAAAUAGCCAAGAGGCAGAGCAUGAUGGUCCAUCGACAGAGCAACAAAUUAACAGUGAUGCUGUUUCUGGUUCUAUAGAUCCUGCAUUUUUGGAUGCUCUUCCUGAGGAGUUGCGGGCUGAAGUUCUUUCAGCUCAGCAAGGCCAAGUUGCUCAACCUGCAAGUGCUGAACCACAGAAUACAGGAGAUAUUGACCCAGAGUUUCUGGCAGCCCUUCCCCCAGACAUUAGAGCAGAAGUUUUAGCACAACAGCAAGCGCAAAGGCUUCAUCAAUCUCAAGAACUGGAAGGUCAACCGGUUGAAAUGGACACAGUAUCAAUCAUUGCAACAUUUCCAUCAGAUUUGCGGGAAGAGGUACUUCUCACGUCAUCUGAUGCUAUUCUUGCCAACCUCACUCCUGCGCUAGUUGCUGAGGCAAACAUGUUGCGUGAGAGAUUUGCCAAUCGAUACCAUAAUCGUACUCUCUUUGGUAUGUAUCCUAGAAGCCGUAGAGGUGAGUCAUCUAGACGAACUGAAGGUUCGGGAUCCAGCAUUGAGAGAAUUGGUGGAGUUAUUGGUUCCCGUAGGUCUUUGGGAGCGAAGCUCGUUGAAGCAGAUGGAGCUCCUUUGGUUGAUACAGAAGCUCUACAAUCAAUGAUUCGCUUGCUUCGUGUUGUUCAGCCUCUCUAUAAGGGACAGCUCCAACGGCUUCUCUUAAAUCUAUGUGCUCAUAGUGAUACCAGAACUGCGCUGGUGAAUAUUCUCAUGGGCAUGCUGAUGCUUGAUACCAGGAAGCCCAUCGAUGGUCUGAAUGCUGCUGAGCCAUCAUUCCGUCUCUAUGCUUGUCAAAAUAACGUGAUGUAUUCUCGUCCCCAGUCUUUGGACGGAGUCCCUCCUUUGGUGUCCCGGAGAGUUCUUGAAACCAUGACUUACCUGGCUCGCAAUCAUCCCUUCGUAGCAAAGAUUUUACUUCAGCUUAAAUUGUCUCACCAAGUCCAGCCUGAAUGUUCUGAUCAGUCACGUGGGAAAGCUGUAAUGGUUAUGGAAGAGGAGAGCCAGAAUCAGGAUGAGUGUUUGCCAAUUGAGUUGCUAUUGAGGCUUUUGAAUCAACCUCUGUAUCUGAGGAGCAUAGCACAUCUUGAACAGCUGUUAAGUUUAUUGGAGGUCAUCGUUGAUAAUGCCGAGAGAAAACAAAGUUCACCUGAGAAGUCUGCGGUAUCUGGCACAGUUCCAUCCGUGCCUGAGGUUCCUACUUUGGAUACCACACACACUGAAUCUGUUGCCAUGUCACCUGGAGUUGGUGUCGCAUCUGUUAAAAUCGACAGUGAGAAGCCUUCGACUUCUGCUGAAAAAGAUGAAAACGAUGCUCACUCAGUACUUGCUAAUUUGCCACAAGCAGAACUUCGUCUUCUGUGCUCAUUGCUCGCAAAAGAAGGGUUGUCAGAUAAUGCUUACGGUCUUGUAGCAGAGGUUGUGAAGAAGUUAGUUGUUGCUGCUCCAACUCAUUGUCAUCUGUUUAUAACUGAGUUGGCUAAUGCUGUUCAAAGUUUGACCAAAUCGGCAAUGAAUGAGCUACAUGUGUUUGGUGAAGCAAUAAAAUCACUCCUCAGCUUAACUUCUUCUGAAGGAGCUGCAAUCUUAAGGGUUCUGCAGGCGUUAAGCUCCCUUGUGGCCACACUGAGAGACAAAGAGAAGGAUCAACAGAUUCAGACUCUUCCCGAGGAGUAUGCCACUGCUCUUUCUCAAGUCUCAGAUAUUAAUUCUGCUUUAGAGCCUUUGUGGCUAGAGUUAAGUGCUUGUAUAAGCAAGAUCGAGACUUAUUCAGAAUCUUCACUGGAUUUGCAUGCUCCUGGAAAAAUUUCGAAAUCUGUGCAGUCAGGCAUGAUGACUCCUCUUCCUGCUGGGACUCAAAAUAUCUUGCCGUACAUAGAAUCUUUUUUCGUGGUGGCUGAAAAGCUGCAUCCUGGGCAGACAGGUUCUGGUCAUGACUUGGGGAUCGCUGCAGUUUCUGAGGUUGAUGAUGUUGGCACAAGUACUGGUCAGCAGAAAGCCCUGUGUACUUCUGGCAGAGCUGAAGAAAAGCAUGUUGCUUUUGUUAAGUUCUCAGAGAGGCAUAGGAAGCUGUUGAAUGCUUUCAUUCGACAAAACCCUGGGUUGCUUGAGAAGUCCUUUUCUCUCUUGUUGAAAGUUCCGCGCUUCAUUGAUUUUGACAACAAACGCGCUCAUUUCAGAUCAAAGAUAAAGCAUCAGCACGACCAUCAUCAUAGUCCUCUAAGAAUUUCAGUUAGAAGAGCUUACAUUCUUGAGGAUUCAUAUAAUCAAUUGCGCUUGAGAUCAACUCAGGAUUUGAAGGGGAGAUUGACUGUUCACUUCCAAGGAGAGGAAGGUAUUGAUGCAGGUGGACUUACGAGAGAGUGGUAUCAGUUGCUGUCCAGGGUCAUUUUUGACAAGGGGGCACUGCUGUUUACAACAGUUGGAAAUGAAUCGACGUUUCAGCCAAAUCCUAAUUCUGUUUACCAAACUGAGCAUCUCUCAUACUUCAAAUUUGUUGGCCGUGUUGUUGGCAAAGCUCUCUUUGAUGGGCAGCUCUUGGAUGUCCAUUUCACUCGAUCUUUCUAUAAGCACAUCUUGGGGGCUAAGGUUACCUAUCAUGACAUUGAGGCAAUUGAUCCUGACUACUUUAAAAACCUGAAGUGGAUGCUCGAGAAUGACAUAACUGAUGUACUGGACCUUACAUUUAGCAUUGAUGCUGACGAGGAGAAGUUGAUAUUAUAUGAGAGAACAGAAGUGACUGAUCAUGAAUUGAUUCCAAAUGGACGGAAUGUUAAAGUCACGGAGGAGAACAAGCACCAAUAUGUUGAUUUGGUUGCUGAGCAUCGGUUAACGACUGCUAUUCGUCCUCAGAUUAAUGCUUUUAUGGAAGGCUUCAAUGAACUGAUUCCUAAGGAUCUAAUCUCUAUAUUUAACGACAAGGAAUUGGAGUUACUAAUAAGUGGGCUCCCCGAUAUUGACUUGGACGACUUGAGGGCAAAUACUGAGUACUCGGGUUAUAGUGCUGCAUCUCCUGUGAUUCAGUGGUUCUGGGAGGUUGUGCAAGGUUUUAGCAAGGAAGAUAAGGCUCGACUCUUGCAAUUUGUUACUGGCACUUCAAAGGUGCCGUUGGAGGGCUUUAGCGCUCUUCAAGGAAUUUCUGGCUCUCAAAAGUUUCAGAUCCACAAGGCUUAUGGAAGCCCUGAUCACUUGCCUUCAGCUCAUACUUGCUUCAAUCAGUUGGAUUUACCCGAAUAUCCAUCCAAAGAGCACCUGGAGGAGAGGCUGCUGCUCGCAAUUCACGAAGCAAAUGAAGGAUUCGGGUUCGGUUAAAGACCUGGUCGGGGGUUCGAUUAGUCGUGUAGAUAAAUGCCGCAGACCGUAAAACGAUUGAAGGGAGAGAAUUGAGCGGGUUGGAAUUUGAGAUGUUUGGUCAUACAUGUUUAUAUCACUGUACAGUUGUAUAAUUGCUGCUCAAAAGCAUAUGGCAAUUUUUUUUCGCUUUGCCAUCUCUUUCCUUGACAUUUGCACUCCACAAUUUGAUUAUAUUUUAAUUCUCAAUUUCCUUUUC